UCCAUAAAUAUUUGGUACUCCAAGGAGAGUUCAUACUUGUCAGCAGUAAUAGUAGUUUGGGAUGGGUAUAUUUUGUUAAAGAGGACCAUGUUUGUGUUAAUGUUGAUAAGUAUAAUUUCAGUGCAUUGUCUCCGAUUGCAAAAAUGCUGUUUGUGCCAAUGUGCAAACCCUUUCCCAUAGUAUUGGUACAUAGCAAUAAAUAAAAGCUACUCUGCAUGUGCUGAAGUAUGGGUAUCUAAUGGCUGAGAUUUUGCUCUAAAUACAGAUUUUGGAACUAAGCCCUCAGUCUAAAAGAUUACCUUCUAGUUUUGAGAAUGACUGAGAGAUAGUUUCAGAAUAAUUACAUGAGCUGUUCAAGGGCAGCUACAUAUUAUUAUGUAUUUUUUUAACUAAUGCAACAAUAUCUUUGAGGUUCUAGUGAAUUUCAGAAUAUUCUCUAAGUCAUAUAGUCAGCUAAAUGUUUCUGUGAUACAUCAAUUCUGUAUUAUAAAUGGCAUUGGAAGAUCUGAUGAAGUAUUCUAUAAGAAAGCUCAUGCCACAGUAAACUGUUAGCUGCUCAACUUGAUACAAAGUGGUUGCUCAUAAUUUUAAUAGUGAAGGAGUAAGGAAGAGAACACUGAGUUAUGAAUUUAGAAAAGAUUGGGAAAGAGUGUAGUUUUGUAGGGACACAUGGUUCAUAUUUUAUAAAGAGGAAAGAAAUGUAACAGUUGUAUUAUGUUACAUCUGCAGCAGCAACGCCAGGCAGGUGCAACACCAGUACCAGGCAGGUCCAGCAGCAGCAAGCAGCAGCGUCAUUGUUCAGGAAAUGAGGCAAGCUACCCACUGGAAAUGUGCUCGCACUUUGAUGCAGAUGAGAUUAAACGAUUGGGGAAGCGGUUUAAAAAGCUUGAUCUGGAUAACUCUGGUUCUUUAAGUGUGGAAGAGUUCAUGUCUUUGCCUGAAUUACAACAGAAUCCACUGGUACAACGAGUAAUAGAUAUAUUUGAUACAGAUGGAAAUGGUGAAGUGGACUUCAAAGAAUUUAUAGAAGGCGUCUCCCAAUUCAGUGUCAAAGGUGACAAAGAACAGAAGUUGAGGUUUGCUUUUCGCAUUUAUGACAUGGACAAAGAUGGUUAUAUCUCAAAUGGGGAGCUGUUCCAGGUACUGAAGAUGAUGGUUGGGAACAAUCUGAAAGACACUCAGUUGCAGCAGAUCGUAGAUAAAACCAUAAUAAAUGCAGAUAAAGAUGGUGAUGGAAGAAUAUCCUUUGAGGAAUUCUGUGCUGUUGUAGGAGGCCUAGAUAUCCACAAAAAGAUGGUGGUAGAUGUGUGACUCUUUAGGAUACCACCCAACACUUUUGCUUUCUUCUCCAUCUCUGAAGAUCUGCUCAAGACGUCCAGCAACGCUCUCUGUGUAUUUAAAUGGAAGUAUUUUUCUCUGUGAAGCCACAUUUUCCAACAUGAGCCUCAUGAAGCCAACUAAGUGUUAUUGAACUUUUAUUCUCUCAAUAACUCAAGUGUAGCACUUUAAGGUCUGAAGGACAGCAAGAUGGAAAGAGCAUAUCAGUGUGGUGGAGAAAGGGAAGGGGGUUGGCUUUUUAAUUUAUUUUUCUCAUCUUUUAUAACAAGAAAAUAUCUAUCUAUAUAUAUAUGUGUGUAUUUAUAUAUAGAUAUAUAUGUAGCUUUCUAUAUGUAGUAGCUAGGUGGGCUUUAAUUUAAUAUACUUGAUUCAGAAACAAAACUAGAGUACAAAGUGCCAAGCAGAACAUUAACAGUUCAAUAUAAGGAUAUACAUCUUUACUUUUAUGUCACACAAUUUUAUAUAUAUAUAGUAGAAGAAUGUAAAGUUUUAAAUGGUUGUUGGGUCAACUCUUUCCUUUUUCCUGUGACUAUUUCAGAUAUUUAUAUAUUGACUGGCUGAGAUAGCAUUGCUUCCUGUUAAUUUACUUAAUUACUUUUUUGUAAGACAGGAAACUUAAGUUUGUUUAUAUACCUGUUGAUAUAUUACCAGACACUGCAUCUUUGCUUGAUAGCUUUUAAUAGAAUUCUACUCAAUAGUAUGACAAAAUGUAAUUUAAUGUUUAUGCCAAGAACUAGUCAUGGUGUGCAAAUGCUUAUGCACAAGAUGCUUAUGGCCAUUUCAUCUUUUCACAUACUAAAUAGGUGUUGUUGCCCAUAAUAUACCCAAGUAAACAUCAGCAGUUCCAUUAAUUACAGAUAAAACAGUUGAAAACAUUUAUUUUUGUCAGCACUUAGCUUAAGAAUUUAAGAUUAACAAGAUUGUGUAGGAUUCCUUUUGCACAGUGAGACUAUAAAGCCUCUCUUGCCAUUAAGUUAUGUUCCAACUAUAUAGUUUCCCUUAUUCAUUUAAUGUAGUACUUAAAAGUUGCAUAGAAAAACUGGUAAUAUUUUAUAUAUGUGUAUAUAGGAUUAUUACAGGGAAAACAUUUACCUAUGCCAUAGGGAAGGAGGAAAGCUUCACAUUAUCUAAAUUUAUACCUCUUGUUUUUCUCUAGUUCUUCACUGGAGAAUUUUUUCUAGAUUUUUCCAUAUCAUGACUUGUAAUGGAUACUAACUUGAUAUGUGUGAUAUAAAAGUAGCGAGCCAUGUUAUACAACUUUAUAUCAUCCCUUUCCUUUUCUGCAAUGGUACUUAUUGGCUAGAAGAAAAAUACAUUAGAUUUUUUAGACUAGUACACCCUUUCCCAUAUAGCAGUUUUUCUAUUUAAAAAGGUUUUAUAAUCAGCAAUGGAAGGGGCAGGUUGUAUGAACUUUAAAUCACUUGCCUGCCUGCCACAGCUGUUCCUUCAACUGAGUGCUGCACAUCAUGGGCUCUGUCUGUGAGAGAGAAAUCCAGGUGCUUGGUGUCCUUGCAUGACAUGAAGUUUUGCAUGUAGAUCGAUUUGAAAUGUUCCUCUUGUUUACAUGAUUUGCAGAAUUUUAAAAAAGAUACUGUUGCCAAACUUUGGUAAAUGUUAAAACAGAGAAUCUCCACUACGUGUAACUUUCUUCCUCUGGAUCAGUACGUGGCUUAUAAUCCCAGCCAGUGGUUGUAUCUGUUCCAGUGUCAACUGCCAUGUGCUCUGCUUCAAGGGGGAACUAGUCUUUUUGUGAAUUUUUUGUACAUAAGUAUUUGUUACAAACAUUUUAGCAAAUGCUUUCUAUUUCUUAAUUGCUUGUGCAUAUCCUGGCUGGCGUUAUAGAAAAUAGUGCUAACAUUACUUUCUUAUUGGGGGAUAAGCCUUUUUUAGUUUGUGUGUGAAAAAUGGAUUACCUUGAAUGUUUAGUUUUUCCUCUGCAUGCUACAUCAUACAAUGUUGGAACUAUAGGAACCUUCAUGAUGUAUGAAUAAAAAAUAAAAUAUUUGAACUUUA